GUCCACCUAUGACAGCAGGAUUGUAAACUGUGUUUACAAAUUCCGACUUUCUAAAAGAGAAUAAUAAUAUCUUCAUCAUUCAACAAUGUUGGUCUGAUCAGAUGGAUAGAGUUUUUGUUUAUUUAAGCAAAUAUCAGUGAAUAUCAGUGAAUAUCAGUGAACGUUCUGCAGUUAACUCAUUUCUACCACUGUGUUAUAAUCAUAGAGAGAGAGGACAGGACCAGGAGCAGACCGUAGAGCAGACCAACCAACGCUACCUACUACUGCCCCAAAGCCAUGGAAGCACAGAGCGAGGGCAUGAGAGACAGAGUGAUAGAGAUACAGGGGGAGAAAGAGGGGGAGGGAGAGAUGAAGAGACAGAGAGGGAAAGAGGGCGAGAGGGGGAUCCCCCAGGGUUAAUUAAAUCUCUGUUCUCUGUCAGUGUGGUUAUCUCCUUCUCUCUCUGAGUCUCAGCUCCAGGCUGACAGACUUCUUCCCUCUCUCUACAUCAAUGCCUUCGUCUCUCUGUCAUGUCGUGUCUCCUCGCUCUCUCCUCAGGUCGUACCCUCUGGGUGCCCCUUUGCUCUCGAGCUGUCUCUCUCUACCUCUCUCUCACACCUUCGUCGCUUUUCCUCUCUCUCUCGUCUCUCCAUCUCUAUCCUCUCUCUCUCUCCAAUCUCUCUCUCUCUCUACGUCUCUCUCAUCUCUCUCCCUCUCUCUCUCUCUCCUCUUCUCUCUCUCCCACUCUCUCAUUCCUCUCUCUCUCUCUCUCUCCUCCCUUCGCCAGCAGUGUCAUUAUGGGAAAGAGAGUUGUCUAAAGACAGAGGGUCACACAGAAUCGCAAAAUAUUACCAGCUGCCCCAAACUUAUACUGAAAGGCAUGUUAUACACGGAACACUAUACAGUCUGCUCCUUUUAAAGGCAUUUUACCAGACAUUUGUGGAGAUUGCAUUCAUGAUCAACUCUGCGAAUGUCAGCUCAACCAUACAUUACCUUUAAAAGUAGAAGCACUAAUGUUCUGCGAAUGACCUUCAUUGUCACCAUCGUCAUAGAUGUUAUCGUCUCCAUCACCAUCAUUACCACCAUCGUCAUCACCAUCACCGUCAUUACCACCAUCGUCAUCACCAUCACUGUCAUUACCACCAUCAUCAUCAUCAUCACCAUCACCGUCAUUACAAUUGAUGUUGAACACUCUUGAAACAUCACAGCGUGUAGCAGUGUCAGCUCAGUGAAAAGUCCUUGUUUGAAAGGAGCCCUCAACACAAACAACAUGACACUAGACACUAACAGUGACUAUGUACGUCCCAAAUGGCACCCUAUAUCCUUUAUAGUACACUACUUUUGACCAGAAUCCUAUGGGCUCAGGGUACAGGGUGCCAUUCAGGACGCAGCCAGAUGUUAAUUCUAGAGUCCUCUCUCGCUCUUGUUUCUUCCUUUGUGAUGCAAUCCCCAGAGAUGUUCUCCUAAGAAAAUCAUAUUUUUUAUUAACGAGUUUUGCCUUAAUUAGCUAAUAGGGUUGUUUUAUCAAUGAUCCUGGAAAAGAACAGCCCAAUGGAAUACUAACGGAGAGAGAGUGAGAGAGCGAGAGAGAGAGAGAGAGAGAGAGAGAGAGAGAGAGAGAGAGAGAGAGAGAGAGAGAGAGAGAGAGAGAGAGAGAGAGAGGAGAGAGAGAGAGAGAGAGAGAGAGAGAGAGAGAGAGAUAUCUCUAUUCUUUUGGAACUUUUGUGAGUGUAAUGUUUACUGUUAAUCUUUUAUUGUUUAUUUCACUUUUGUUUAUUAUCUAUUUCACUUGCUUUGGCAAUAUAAAUAUAUGUUUCCUAUGCCAAUAAAGCCCUUAAAUUGAAUUGAGAGAGAGCGAAAGAGAGAGAGAGGGAGAAAGAGAGAGAAAGAGAGAGACAGCAAGAGAGAGCGAGUGUCAUUUGAGAUACAUUUUUCAUUAUAUCUGUUUUAAUUAAUGAACCUACUGAAAAAAUGUCCCUGAAAUAUGAAAUUACCUGACGAUGCAAACAUGUGAAAACAUGGGUGUUAAUACUUUGGUUCUCCAGCUGCUGGUACAGUAUGUUCCUUAUGUCACUGUAUGGGGUUACUGUAUAUGUUUGUGUAGAAAAAAAUAUAAUUUGUGAUGCUACCUCUCAUGAACACACAAACACACAUGCACACACACUCACAUACACCCCCCCCCCCCCCCCCCCCCACACACACACACACCUACAGUAUAUCCACUCUGCCUGACCCUGUCUUUGUCUUUGUGACAGUGGGGACUGUGAGGUUCUCUCAGGAGCCAGCGGACCAGUCUGUUGUUCUGGGGGGGAAGGUGGUUCUGUCCUGUGUCGUCUUCAACUACAGCGGCAUUGUACAGUGGACCAAGGAUGGACUAGCACUGGGCAUCGGAGAGGACCUCAAGGGUGAGAGCCCACACACACACACACACGAGUGCACACAUACGCUCGCAAGGAUGCACGCAAACACACACACACACACAUACAUUCAUUGUGCUCCUUGGUGUUCACCUCUCUGAUGGUUGUUAUGCUGAUGGUUCUGAUGGUUGCUAUGCUGCUGGUAGGUGGAGGCAGGCAGAGAUGAUGUAAUCUGGACCAAUACUUUUGUCCCCUUUGGAAUCCAAAUCGAUGAUGUCAUAAUUCGAGGGCGCUUCCAGACUUGUGGUCUGCCCUCUAGUGUUUGGAAUACACCAUGCAUGAUGUUAUGAGAGUCCGUUUUUCAUUGUUUGUGUUUCUCUAUGUGAAUGAAAGUGUGUGUUCAUUCUCUCAGAUGUAUAAUGUGCUGCUAUUCUUCAUAGGUCUUCAUUUAAAUGUAUUUAUUUUCUAUGUAAAUCUGUCGUCUCAGCGUGACCCAGAUACCGUGUGCUGCAGAUGUACAGUACCAGUCAAAAGUUUGGACACACCUACUCAUUCCAGGGUUUUUCUUUAUUUUUAUAAUUUUUUACAUUGUAGAAUAAUAGUGAAGACAUCAAAACUAUGAAAUAACACAUAUGGAAUCAUGUAGUAACCAAAAAAGAGUUAAACUCAUCCCAAACCAUCUCAAUUGGGUUAAGGUCGGGUGAUUGGGGAGGCCAGGUCAUCUGAUGCAGCACUCCAUCACUCUCCUUCUUGGUCAAAUAGCCCUUACACAGCCUGGAGGUGUGUUUUGUGUCAUUGUCCUGUUGAAAAACAAAUGAUAGUCCCACUAAGCGCAAACCAGAUGGGAUGGCGUAUUGCUGUAGAAUGCUGUGAUAGCCAUGCUGGAUAAGUGUGCCUUGAAUUCUAAAUAAAUCACUGUCAGUGUCACCAGCAAAGCACCCCCACACCAUAACACCUCCUCCUCCAUGCUUUACGGUGGGAAAUACACAUGCAGAGAUCAUCCAUUCACCUACUCUGCGUCUCACAAAGACACAGCGGUUGGAACCAAAAAUCUCAAAUUUUGACUCAUCAGACCAAAGGACAGAUUUCCACUGGUCUAAUGUCCAUUGAUCGUGUUUCUUGGCCCAAGCAGGUCUCUUCUUAUUAUUGGUGUCCUUUAGUAGUCGUUUCUUUGCAGCAAUUCAACCAUGAAAGCCUGAUUCACGCAGUCUCCUCUGAACAGUUGAUGUUGAGAUGUGUCUGUUACUUGAGCUAUGUGAAGCAUUUAUUUGGGCUGAAAUCUGAGGCUGGUAACUGUAAUUAACUUAUUCUCUGCAGCAGAGGUAACUCUGGGUCUUCCUUUCCUGUGGCGGUCCGCAUGAGAGCCAGUUUCAUCAUAGCGCUUGAUGGUUUUUGCGACUAUACUUGAAGAAACUUUCAAAGUUCUUGAAAUAUUCCGUAUUGACUGACCUUCAUGUCUUAAAGUAAUGAUGGACUGUCAUUUAUCUUUGCUUAUUUGAGCUGUUCUUGCCAUAAUAUGGACUUGGUCUUUUACCAAAUAGGGCUAUCUUCUGUAUACCCCCCCCCUACCUUGUCACAACACAACUGAUUGUCUCAAACGCAUUAAGAAGGAAAUAAAUUCCACACCUGUUAAUUGAAAUGCAUUCCAGGUGACUACCUCAUGAAGCUGGUUGAGAGAAUGCCAACAGUGUGCAAAGCUGUCAUCAAGGCAAAGGGUGGCUACUUUGUAGAAUCUCAAAUAUAUUUUGAUUUUCUGGUUACUACAUGAUUCCAUAUGUGCUAUUUCAUAGUUUUGAUGUCUUCACUAUUAUUCUACAAUGUAGAAAAUAGUAAAAAAAAAUAAAGAAAAACCCUGGAAUGAGUAGGUGUGUCCAAACUUUUGACUGGUACUGUACAGUAUCUCUCUCCGUCUCUACCCCCAGCCUGGCCCAGGUACCGUGUGUUGCGGGUGUACAUGUACAGUAUCUCUCUCUCUCUCUCUCUCUCUACCCCCAGCCUGGCCCAGGUACCGUGUGCUGCGGGUGAUAGACGUGGGCCAGUAUAACCUGGAGAUCUCUGCCGCUGAGCUGUCCGAUGACUCCCUGUACGAGUGCCAGGCCACAGAGGCUGCCCUGCGCUCCCGGAGAGCCAAACUCACCGUCCUCAGUGAGUAUCUAUCUGUGUGUGUGUGUCCACUGCAGUGUGUGACUGUGUGUGUCAAGAGUGAGUGUGUGUGUGUGUGUGUGUCCAGUGCGUGACUAUGUAUUAUUAUGUGGAGUAUGUGUAUCUAGUACAGUUUGUCAGUGUGUGUGUCCAGUGCAGUGUAUGACUGUACAGUGUGUGUGUUGUAUUGUAUAUAUGCAGAGUGUGUGUGUGUCAGUGUGUGUGUGUUGUAUUGUGUAUAUGCAGAGUGUGUGUGUUCAACGACGUGUGUGUGUUGUAUUGUGUAUAUGCAGAGUGUGUGUGUUCAACGACGUGUGUGUGUUGUAUUGUGUAUAUGCAGAGUGUGUGUGUUCAACGACGUGUGUGUGUUGUAUUGUGUAUAUGCAGAGUGUGUGUGUUCAACGACGUGUGUGUGUUGUAUUGUGUAUAUGCAGAGUGUGUGUGUUGUAUUGUGUAUAUGCAGAGUGUGUGUGUUCAACGACGUGUGUGUGUUUUUUUGUUGUCCUACAGUCCCUCCUGAUGACCCAGUGAUCGAGGGCUUUCCAGAGAUUCUGCUGAGAGCCAAUGCCUCGUACAACCUGAGCUGUGUGUCCCGCGGGGCCAAGCCACUGGCCCUCAUCGAGUGGCAGCGGGACGGCGUGACCCUGGAGGGAGCUUUUAGCUCCACCGUGAGUCACACACAGACAUGCACACCGAUGCAUGUUGCCAUAUUUGAUGUUUUUUCACUAAAUACACCUUUCGCUGGCUCCACCCUGUCCUCCCUCUCAUUCUCUCUCCCCCCUCCCCCCACUCUCUCUACCCCCCCCCUCUCCCUCUCUCUCUCUCUCUCUCUCUCUCUCUCUCUCUCUCUCCUCCCUCUCUCUCCCUCCCCCAGGAGGUUCUCCCAGAUAGAAAGAGGGUGACGACCCGGAGCUUCCUGCCCAUCAUCCCUGAGGACAAAGACACAGGACGCAACUUUACCUGUGUGGCCAGCAACCGGGCUGUCCCCAUGGGCAAACGCACCACUGUCACCCUCAACGUGCACCGUAAGUGUGUGUGUGUGUGUGUGUGUGUGUGGUGGGGUUUUAAGGUAUGAGUGUGUGACUGUGUUUCAGGCUUAUUUAAUCCCUCCCUCUUCCUCCCUCCCCCCUCCUCCCCUUUCUUCCUUCCUUCCCUCCCUCCGUCCUGCAGACCCCCCCAAGGUGAACCUAUCCAUGGAGCCUCAGUCUGUCCUGGAGGGAGAGAGAGUCACCUUCACCUGCCAGGCCACCGCCAACCCCCCCAUCAUGGGCAUCCGGUCAGUGGGAGUCUGUUGGAUAAGUGUGUUGGCUGGGUGGUAUUCAGCAGUGUGUUGGCUGUGUGGUAUUCAGUAGUAUGUUGGCUGGGUGGUAUUCAGUAGUGUGUUGGCUGGGUGGUAUUCAGUAGUAUGUUUGCUGGUUGGUAUUCAGUAGUGUGUUUGCUGGUUGGUAUUCAGUAGUGUGUUGGGUGGGUGGUAUUCAGUAGUGUGUUGGCUGGGUGGUAUUCAGUAAUGUGUUUGCUGGGUGGUAUUCAGUAGUGUGUUUGCUGGUUGUUAUUCAGUAGUGUGCUUGCUGGGUGGUAUUCAGUAGUGUGUUUGCUGGGUGGUAUUCAGUAGUGUGUUUGCUGGUUGGUAUUCAGUAGUGUGUUUGCUGGGUGGUAUUCAGUAGUGUGUUGGCUGGGUGGUAUUCAGUAAUGUGUUUGCUGGGUGGUAUUCAGUAGUGUGUUUGCUGGUUGUUAUUCAGUAGUGUGCUUGCUGAGUGGUAUUCAGUAGUGUGUUUGCUGGGUGGUAUUCAGUAGUGUGUUUGCUGGGUGGUAUUCAGUAGUGUGUUUGCUGGUUGUUAUUCAGUAGUGUGUUGGCUGAGGGGUAUUCAGUAGUGUGUUUGCUGGUUGGUAUUCAGUAGUGUGUUGGCUGGGUGGUAUUCAGUAGUGUGUUUGCUGGUUGUUAUUCAGUAGUGUGUUUGCUGGGUGGUAUUCAGUAGUGUGUUUGCUGGGUGGUAUUCAGUAGUGUGUUUGCUGGGUGGUAUUCAGUAGUGUGUUUGCUGGUUGUUAUUCAGUAAUGUGUUGGCUGAGGGGUAUUCAGUAGUGUGUUUGCUGGUUGGUAUUCAGUAGUGUGUUGGCUGGUUGGUAUUCAGUAGUGUGUUGGCUGAGGGGUAUUCAGUAGUGUGUUUGCUGGUUGGUAUUCAGUAGUGUGUUGGCUGAGGGGUAUUCAGUAGUGUGUUGGCUGGUUGGUAUUCAGUAGUGUGUUGGCUGGGUGGUAUUCAGUAGUGUGUUGGCUGGGUGGUAUGGCUGGGUGGUAUUCAGUAGUGUGUUGGCUGGGUGGUAUUCAGUAGUGUGUUGGCUGGGUGGUAUUCAGUAGUGUGUUUGCUGGGUGGGAUUCAGUAGCAUGUUGGCUGGGUGGUAUUCAGUAGUGUGUUUGCUGGGUGGUAUUCAGUAGUGUGUUUGCUGGUUGGUAUUCAGUAGUGUGUUUGCUGGGUGGUAUUCAGUAGUGUGUUGGCUGGGUGAUAUUCAGUAGUGUGUUUGCUGGUUGGUAUUCAGUAGUGUGUUUGCUGGGUGGUAUUCAGUAGUGUGUUGGCUGGGUGGUAUUUAGUAGUGUGUUUGCUGGGUGGUAUUCAGUAGUGUGUUUGCUGGGUGGUAUUCAGUAGUGUGUUUGCUGGGUGGUAUUCAGUAGUGUGUUUGCUGGUUGGUAUUCAGUAGUGUGUUGGCUGGUUGGUAUUCAGUAGUGUGUUGGCUGAGGGGUAUUCAGUAGUGUGUUUGCUGGUUGGUAUUCAGUAGUGUGUUGGCUGAGGGGUAUUCAGUAGUGUGUUGGCUGGUUGGUAUUCAGUAGUGUGUUGGCUGGGUGGUAUUCAGUAGUGUGUUGGCUGGGUGGUAUGGCUGGGUGGUAUUCAGUAGUGUGUUGGCUGGGUGGUAUUCAGUAGUGUGUUGACUGGGUGGUAUUCAGUAGUGUGUUGGCUGGGUGGUAUGGCUGGGUGGUAUUCAGUAGGGUGUUGGCUGGGUGGUAUUCAGUAGUGUGUUUGCUGGGUGGUAUUCAGUAGUGUGUUGGCUGGGUGGUAUUCAGUAGCGUGUUUCCUGGUUGGUAUUCAGUAGUGUGUUGGCUGGGUGGUAUUCAGUAGCGUGUUUGCUGGUUGGUAUUCAGUAGUGUGUUGGCUGGGUGGUAUUCAGUAGCGUGUUUGCUGGUUGGUAUUCAGUAGUGUGUUGGCUGGGUGGUAUUCAGUAGCGUGUUUGCUGGUUGGUAUUCAGUAGUGUGUUGGCUGGGUGGUAUUCAGUAGUGUGUUGGCUGGGUGGUAUUCAGUAGUGUGUUGGCUGGGUGGUAUUCAGUAGCAUGUUUGCUGGGUGGUAUUCAGUAGUGUGUUUGCUGGGUGGUAUUCAGUAGUGUGUUUGCUAGGUGGUAUUCAGUAGUGUGUUUGCUGGGUGGUAUUCAGUAAUGUGUUUGCUGGGUGGUAUUCAGUAGUGUGUUUGCUGGGUGGUAUUCAGUAAUGUGUUUGCUGGGUGGUAUUCAGUAGUGCACACUGUAGCAGAAAAACAUAGUUAAAGAUUGUGCAACGGAAACCCCAAAACAAGCAUUUCCUAUUGGACAAGUUCAAGUAGUCCCUCCCCGUUUCAGUUAGUUUCUCUUCUAUUUGGUGUCUAGGUAAGAUGACCUGAAGAUGACCUGUGAGAGUGGAUCUGUUAGUGUGUCUAAAACACAGGGAGGGAAAAAAGUAUUUAAUCCCCUGCUGAUUUUGUACGUUUGCCCACUGACAAAGACAUGAUCAGUCUAUAAUUUUUAUGGUAGGUUUAUUUGCACAGUGAGAGACAGAAUAACAACAAAAAAAUCCAGAAAAAUGCAUGUCAAAAAUGUUAUAAAUUGAUUUGAUCAAAUACUUAUUUCCCUCAUUAAAAUGCAAAAUCUAUUUAUAACAUUUUUGACAUGCGUUUUUCUGGAUUAUUUUGUUGUUAUUCUGUCUCUCACUGUUCAAAUAAACCUACCAUAAAAAUUAUAGACUGAUCAUUUCUUUGUCAGUGGACAAACGUACAAAAUCAGCAGGGGAUCAAAUACUUUUUUCCCCUCACUGUAUAUGAUCGGUAUGUGUUGGCGAGGCUGUUACACCUGUGUCUCUCUCAGGUGGGCGAAGGGUGGUGUCCUCCUGGAGGGGAUGAGAGAGAGCGUGCUUGUGACCACAGCAGACCACUCCUUCCACACCGAGCCGGUUUCCUGCUCAGUCUUCAACGCUGUGGGUCACACCAACCUCAGCAUCCUGGUCAACGUACACUGUGAGUCUGACCAUUAGAUAGAUUUGAUUGUCCUCCAAAGAGGAAAUUCAUUUCCACAGCUCAUACAUUUACCUAUGAAGACCAACAAACACAUCACCCAGACAUGACAUUUCCAGUUCCAUACCUCCAGAUAAACAGCCAGGAGACUGAGAUAGCACAUUAGUCUUUUUAUCUGCUUUCUUGUCUACUCUGUCUGUCUGUCUGUCCGUCAGUUCGUCUGUCUGUAUACCGGUCUGUCUGUGUCUUCCUGUGUCUUCCUACUACUGCAUCACAAGAGGUUGGUGGCACCUUAAUUGCGGAGGACGGUCUUGUGGUAAUGGCUGGAGCGUAAUAGGUGGAAUGGUAUCAAAUACAUCAAACAUAUGGUUUCCAUGUGUUUGAUACCAUUCCAUUUGCUCUGUUCCAGCCAUUAUUAUAAGCCGUUCUCCCCUCAGCAGCCUCCACUGUGCUGCAUCAAUCUUUUUACCUGCAAACAGCAGUUGUGCUGCUCCUGGCUCAUCCUCACAUGAGGUCCCCUCUUCAUUAGGUGUUUAGGCGAUUCUCACUACACCUUCCGAAGGGUGUGCCGAUCGCUUUGAUCAGGCCCGAUCUGAGUCAGGAGGCUUAACCACUGCUCCUCCCUCUUCAGCCACAGCCAAUGUGAUGCUCUCUCUGCCUCCUGCCCAGCUGUGCAAUCUUCUUCCACUGUGCUCCUUUUACUCUGAGGAUACUUAGUGUCCUCCACAGAGACUGGCCUGGGAAGCUUCUUGCCCCAACCUCCACUGGCAGGCCUUCUAUUCCUUUGUCUGUACAGUGCCUGGUACUUCAAUUCUACCUCAAUCCUCUCCCUUACCAUGGAACCGUCAGCUCAUCCUCUCCCUUACCAUGGAACCGUCAGCUCAUCCUCUCCCUUACCAUGGAACCGUCAGCUCAUCCUCUCCCUUACCAUGGAACCGUCAGCUCAUCCUCUCCCUUACCAUGGAACCGUCAGCUCAUCCUCUCCCUUACCAUGGAACCGUCAGCUCAUCCUCUCCCUUACCAUGGAACCGUCAGCUCAUCCUCUCCCUUACCAUGGAACCGUCAGCUCAUCCUCUCCCUUACCAUGGAACCGUCAGCUCGAGCAUUAUGAUGUUCUUUAUGCUCCUCAGCCAGAUCAGCAGAUCUAUCUACUAUACCUGUCUGUCUACCUGUCUACUAUACCUGUCUGUCUACUAUACCUGUCUGUCUGCCUAUCUACUAUACCUGUCUGUCUAUCUACUAUACCUGUCUGUCUGUCUGUCUACUAUACCUGUCUGUCUGCCUAUCUACUAUACCUGUCUGUCUGCCUAUCUACUAUACCUGUCUAUCUACUAUACCUGUCUGUCUACUAUACCUGUCUGCCUAUCUACUAUACAUGUCUGUCUACUAUACCUGUCUGUCUGCCUAUCUACUAUACCUGUCUGUCUAUAUACCUCUCUGUCUGUCUAUCUGUCUGUCUGUCUGUCUGUCUGUCUGUCUGUCUGUCUGUCUGUCUGUCUGUCUGUCUGUCUGUCUGUCUGUCUGUCUGUCUGUCUGUCUAUAUACCUCUCUGUCUGUCUAUCUGUCUGUCUGUCUAUAUACAUAUACAGUGGGGAGAACAAGUAUUUGAUACACUGCCGAUUUUGCAGGUUUUCCUACUUACAAAGCAUGUAGAGGUCUGUCAUUUUUAUCAUAGGUACACUUCAACUGUGAGAGACAGAAUCUAAAACAAAAAUCCAGAAAAUCACAUUGUAUGAUUUUUAAGUAAUUAAUUUGCAUUUUAUUGCAUGACAUAAGUAUUUGAUACAUCAGAAAAGCAUAACUUAAUAUUUGGUACAGAAACCUUUGUUUGCAAUUACAGAGAUAAUAUGUUUCCUGUAGGUCUUGACCAGGUUUGCAUACACUGCAGCAGGGAUUUUGGCCCACUCCUCCAUACAGACCUUCUCCAGAUCCUUGAGGUUUCGGGGCUGUCGCUGGGCAAUACGGACUUUCAGCUCCCACCAAAGAUUUUCUAUUGGGUUCAGGUCUGGAGACUGGCUAGGUCACUCCUUAGUUGCCCUGGCUGUGUGUUUUGGGUCGUUAUCAUGCUGGAAGACCCAGCCACGACCCAUCUUCAAUGCUCUUACUGAGGGAAGGAGGUUGUUGGCCAAGAUCUCGCGAUACAUGGCCCCAUCCAUCCUCCCCUCAAUACGGUGCAGUCGUCCUGUCCCCUUUGCAGAAAAGCAUCCCCAAAGAAUGAUGUUUCCACCUCCAUGCUUCAAGGUUGGGAUGGUGUUCUUGGAGUUGUACUCAUCCUUCUUCUUCCUCCAAACACGGCGAGUGGAGUUUAGACCAAAAAGCUCUAUUUUUGUCUCAUCAGACCACAUGACCUUCUCCCAUUCCUCCUCUGGAUCAUCCAGAUGGUCAUUGGCAAACUUCAGACGGGCCUGGACAUGCGCUGGCUUGAGCAGGGGGACCUUGCGUGCGCUGCAGGAUUUUAAUCCAUGACGGCGUAGUGUGUUACUAAUGGUUUUCUUUGAGACUGUGGUCCCAGCUCUCUUCAGGUCAUUGACCAGGUCCUGCCGUGUAGUUCUGGGCUGAUCCCUCACCUUCCUCAUGAUCAUUGAUGCCCCACGAGGUGAGAUCUUGCAUGGAGCCCCAGACCGAGGGUGAUUGACCGUCAUCUUGAACUUCUUCCAUUUUCUAAUAAUUGCGCCAACAGUUGUUGCCUUCUCACCAAGCUGCUUGUCUAUUGUCCUGUAGCCCAUCCCAGCCUUGUGCAGGUCUACAAUUUUAUCCCUGAUGUCCUUACACAGCUCUCUGGUCUUGGCCAUUGUGGAGAGGUUGGAGUCUGUUUGAUUGAGUGUGUGAGCUGGAAUUCUUACUGAUUGGUAGGUGAUCAAAUACUUAUGUCAUGCAAUAAAAUGCAAAUUAAUUACUUAAAAAUCAUACAAUGUGAUUUUCUGGAUUUUUGUUUUAGAUUCCGUCUCUCACAGUUGAAGUGUACCUAUGAUAAAAAUUACAGACCUCUACAUGCUUUGUAAGUAGGAAAACCUGCAAAAUCGGCAGUGUAUCAAAUACUUGUUCUCCCCACUGUACCUGUCUGUCUGUCUGUCAGUCAGUCAGUCUGUCUGUCUGUCUGUCUGUCUGUCUGUCUGUCUGUCUGUCUGUCUGUCUGUCUGUCUGUCUGUCUGUCUGUCUGUCUACUAUACCUGUCUGUCUGUCUGUCUGUCUGUCUGUCUAUCUGUCAGUCUGUCUAUAUACAUAUACCUGUCUGUCUGUCUGUCUGUCUGUCUGUCUGUCUGUCUGUCUGUCUGUCUGUCUGUCUGUCUGUCUGUCUGUCUGUCUGUCUGUCUGUCUACUAUACCUGUCUGUCUGUCUGUCUGUCUGUCUGUCUGUCUGUCUGUCUGUCUGUCUGUCUGUCUGUCUGUCUGUCUGUCUGUCUGUCUGUCUCUACUAUAUACAUACAGGACCAGUCAAAAGUUUGGACACACCUACUCAUUCAAGGGUUUUUCUUUAUUUUUACUAUUUUUUACAUUGUAUAAUAAUAGUGAAGACAUCAAAACACAUAUGGAAUCAUGUAGUAACCAAAAAAGUGUUAAACAAAUCAAAAUAAAUUGUAUAUUUCAGAUUCUUCAAAGUAGCCACCCUUUGCCUUGAUGAUAGCUUUGCACACUCUUGGCAUUCUCUCAACCAGCUUCACCUGGAAUACUUUUCCAACAGUCUUGAAGGAGUUCCCACAUAUGCUGAGCACUUGUUGGCUGCUUUUCUUUCACUCUGCGGUCCGACUCAUCCCAAACCAUCUCAAUUGGGUUGAGGUCGGGGGGAUUGUGUAGGCCAGGUCAUCUGAUGCAGCACUCCAUCACUCUCCUUCUUGGUAAAAUAUCCCUUACUCAGCCUGGAGGUGUGUUGGGUCAUUGUCCUGUUGAAAAACAAAUGAUAGUCCCUCUAAGCCCAAACCAGAUGGGAUGGAGUAUCACUGCAGAAUGCUGUGGUAGCCAUGCUGGAUAAGUGUGCCUUGAAUUCUAAAUAAAUCACAGACAGUGUCACCUGCAAAGCACCCCCACACCAUAACACCUCCUCCUCCAUGCUUUAUGGUGGGAACUACACAUGCGGAGAUCAUCCGUUCACCCACACCGCGUCUAACGAAGACACGGCGGUUGGAACCAAAAGUCUCCAAUUUGGACUCCAGACCAAAGGACACAUUUCCACCGUUCUAAUGUUCAUUGCUCAUGUUUCUUGGCCCAAGCAGGUCUCUUCUUCUUAUUGGUGUCCUUUAUUAGUGGUUUCUUUGCAACAAUUCGACAAUGAAGGCCUGAUUCACACAGUCCCCUCUGAACAAUUGAUGUUGAGAUGUGUCUGUGACUUGAACUCUGUGAAGCAUUUAUUUUGGCUGCAAUUUCUGAGGCUGGUAACGCUAAUGAACUUAUCCUCUGCAGCAGAGGUAACUCUGGGUCUUCCAUUCCUGUGGCGGUCCUCAUUAGAGCCAGUUUCAUCAUAGCACUUGAUGAUUCUUCUGACUGCACUUGAAGAAACUUUCAAAGUUCUUGAAAUUUUCCGGAUUGAAUGACCUUCAUGUCUUAAAGUAAUCAUGGACUGUCGUUUCUCUUUGCUUAUUUGAGCUGUUCUUGCCAUAAUAUGGACUUGGUCUUUUACCAAAUAGGGCUAUCUUCUGUAUACCACCCCUACCAUGUCACAACACAACUGAUUGGCUCAAACGCAUUAAGAAGGAAAGAAAUUCCACAAAUUAACUUUUAACAAGGCACACCUGUUAAUUGAAAUGCAUUCCAGGUGACUACCUCAUGAAGCUGGUUGAGAGAAUGCCAACAGUGUGCAAAGCUGUCAUCAAGGCAAAGGGUGGCUAUUUGAAGAAUCUCAAAUAUAAAAUAUAUUUGAUUUGUUUAACACUUUUUUGGUUACUACAUGAUUCCAUAUGUGUUAUUUCAUAGUUUUGAUGUCUUCACUAUUAUUCUACAAUGUAAGAAAAAUAAAGAAAAACCCUUGAAUGAGUAGGUGUGUCCAAACGUUUGACUGGUAGUGUAUAUCUGUCUGUCUAUAUACCUGUCUAACUACUGUAUCUGUCUGUCUGUCUAUCUGUCAGAUGGUCCUAUCCUGAAGGGGGCGCCCACGCCGAUUACGGUGGACAUUGACUCUGACGCCAAACUCAACUGCAAGUGGACCGGGAACCCUCCUCUUACACUCACCUGGACCAAGAAGGGCUCUAGCAUGGUGAGAACUUACAAGCUAUGUCCUCUGCUUCGGAAAGUAUUCAGACCCAUUGACUUUCUCCACAUUUUGUUACAUUACAGCCUUAUUCUAAAAUGGAUUAAAUAAAUAAAAAUCCUCAGUAAUCAACACACAUUACCCCAUAAUGAGAAAGUGAAAAUGGGUUUGUAGACAAUUUUUGCAAAUGUUUUAAAAAUAAAAACAGAAAUACAUUAUUUACGAAAGUAUUCAGACCCUUUGCUAUGAGACUCGAAAUUGAGCUCAGGUGUAUCGUGUUUCCAUUGACCAUCCUUGAGAUGUUUCUACAACUUGAUUGAACAUGAUUUGGAAAGGUACACACCUUAUAUAAGGUCCCUCAGUUGACAGUGCAUGUCAAAGCUGUAACAUAACAAAAUGUGAAAAAAGUCAAGGGGUCUGAAUGCUUUCCGAAGGCACUGUAUUCUCAGUUUGGGUAAAAAACAUUUUCAAUAAAGUCAAUUCAGGAAGUAAACUGAAAUUCAAUUUCUAAUUAAAAUGUUCCUCAAUGCUUGUCUAUGAGAAUUUUCUGGAAAUUGGAACUUCAGUAUACUUCCUGAAUUUACUGGAAUUUAAGUGGGAAUUGACCCCUACCCUGCUGCUGUCCUGGACCCUGAAACCCCAUAUCCUGAAGCCUGUAUCCUGAAGCCCCUAUCCUGAAGCCCCUAUCCUGAAGCCCCUAUCCUGAAGCCCGUAUCCUGAAGCCCAUAUCCUGAAGCCCAUAUCCUGAAAUCCCAUAUCCUGAAGCCCGUAUCCUGAAGCCCUUAUCCUGAAGCCCGUAUCUGAAGCCCAUAUCCAGAAACCCCAUAUCCUGAAACCCGUAUCCUGAAGCCCAUAUCCUGAAGCCCAUAUCCUGAAGCCCAUAUCCUGAAACCCCAUAUCCUGAAACCCGUAUCCUGAAGCCCAUAUCCUGAAGCCCAUAUCCUGAAACCCCAUAUCCAUGCUACCAGUGCUUGAAUUGGAGUGAAAUAGGUGCCGGAUGUAACACAUUUUGGAUGCCGGUUUUCUUUACAUUUAAUGGUAAUCAUCAUAUUUUUAAGUCAAUAUUGCCGUUACUCAGCAUUGAACCAUGUCCCCCCUGAACUUCAUACUCUCUCCAACCCUAAAUAUACCCCCCCCCCCCCCCCCCCAGUUUAAAUGUUGGUUUUAAACCCGACUAAUGUUGAACUCCUAACCUAUUCCAUAAAUAUUUUAUUAAUGCUUUAUAACGAAUUAAGAAAAGCUCCAGGAACUUUAAUGGAGCCUGCGGCUGAGGAAAUCAACAUGUUUUAUGAAUUAAAUAUCUCUCUCCCUCCCUUUACAACCCGAUUCCAUCUAACCUCCCUCCCUCUUGUGUGUGUGUGUGUGUGCAUGUGUGUGUGUGGCGUGCGUGCGUGCAUGUGCAUGUGUGCAUGUGUGUUCUCCUCUCAGGUCCUCAGUAACAACGAGGAGCUGGUCCUGAAGUCAGUGAGCCAGGUGGAUGCGGGUCAGUACGUGUGUAAGGCCAUCGUCCCCAGGAUUGGAGUGGGAGAGACUGAGGUCACUCUUGCAGUCAACGGUCAGUUACAUUACAGCCGUGUACAGUACACACAUGCACCCACACACACACACACACACACACACACACACACACACACACACACACACACACACACACACACACACACACACACACACACACACACACACACACACACACACACACACACACACACACACACACAGAGCAUAGUGUUACUUAUAACAUUUAUAUCAUUUUCAUUCUACUGUUACUACUUCUGGGCCAUGUGACACAUCCUCAUUUAUUUAAAGACUGAACAUUUCCCCAAAGUUUUGCUAUUUGUUUAUUUCUGUAUAGGGGGCGCUGUUUCUAUUACCAUUUCAUGAUCAUCUUUUAGUCCUUGCUUUUACCAUUUUAACUCUUUGCCAUUUUGAACCCUUUUUUGUAUUAGUAUACAGUAUUUAUUGAAAAUAAAUCAAAACAUUUGUAAGAAACAGUUUAUUCUGUGGUGCAGGGGGCUGACGCUCGUCGUCUGCAGUGAGGAGCUGUCUACCGCAGGACAAUGUAGUUGUCUUGUGCAACGUAGUCUCAGGAGAGUUGCAUGCCAUCGCCACCAUCAAAGACAAUGGCAAGAGUUUUAAUCGUUUGAACUGUGUGACCUGUUUCAUUCAGGUGUGAGAGCAGCUUGACACUAGAAGAAGGGGGAGGAUGUGACCAUGUGAACACAUCCUAAUUUAAAGACUGAACAUUUCCCCCAAGUUUUGCUAUUUGUUUAUUUACGUAUAGGGCGCUGUUUUCUAUUACCAUUUCGUAUCAUGCCAUAGUUGAGAUCUCAUUCCACCAUUUCACAAGAAACAGUUAAGUGUCUAGUAAUUGAGUAUUUGUCUGAAUUGGUAUUGGCUAAAGAGGUAAUUGUAGGUCUCUACCACUAAUUGGGCUAAAGAGCUACACCUGUCUAAAUGUUUGUGGGAGAGUGCCAGGGAAGGAGAGAGGUAAGGACAGACCAGUGAGGAUUAUUAUUUUAUUCUUGGUCUUAAUCUUGUAGUCCUUGUUUUUACCAUUUUAACUCUUUGCCAUUUCGAAGCCUUGUUUUGUAUUUAUAUAUUGAAAAUAAAUAUGCAUUGUUUGGAAGAAACGGUUCCAAUUCUUUUAGUAAAAACCUUUUUCUGUGAAGGGCAUCGACCGGCCCCGUCACAGGCCCAUAUUCAAAAAGGGUCUCAGAGUAGGAGUGCUGAUCCAGGAUCAGGUCCCCCUUGUCAAUUGAUUAUAAUCUAAAAGGCAAAAAUUAUCCUAGAUCAGCACUACUACUCUGAGAUGCUAAGGGGACAAUUCAGACUUUAUUUGAUCUCCACCCCAAGCGAAUAACUGGUGUAUAGCAUGCUAUUCUCAUGCUUAAGUUCAAGGUCAGAAAAGUGAGAGAAAAGCUCAUAAAAAGGGGAUUACAUUCCAUUUCCGUGCGCUUAACUCGAGUCGGAAUCCCCCCCUAAAUGAAUUCAGACCCUGAUACUACUGCUAAGUUACAACAAGAUCCAUGAAUAAACAUUGUGGGACUUGCUUUAACUCUUUUAAAAGUAUUUUUGUGGCAGUGGAUAGGAUCGCCGGAACGUGUAAAAAUUGGUUUGGUGUAUCUAGCUUGAACGGUUCAAAAGUUACUGUUGGUUAGUUAUUUUACGCUAAUUUAUGCAAAUGUAAUAGUUAAUAUGGAUUUUAAGGAAUUUGAAGUUAGGAUAGGCUGAAUGUUUUAAAGUUGGUUUUGUAGCUUAAUUGGCUAAGGAGCAUGACCAUUUUGAAUAGCUACCUCUGUAUUCCAUGGUUCUCAUUCAAACCAAUGUUAAUUUAUGCAAAUGUUUUAUGAUAAUAGUUCAAAAACUAUAUAUAGUAUCAAAAAAUCUUUAGACAAGCAAUCUAAGAUCUAAGUAGGGUCAGUCUGAACAUCUCAAUGUUGGUUUGGAGUUGAAAGCUUAAACGGUGAAAGAACAGAUAGGUCUAGAAAUCUUAAUUAUUUUACCAUUCUGCUCUAUGGCCCUUUUUCCCCCAUUGAAAUGCAUUGGUAUCCAUAGCAAUGGCUGCGUUUGGGCAGCUCAAUGACGAGACAUGAGAGAGCUGUUAGCUGGCGUUUGCAAGCUACUUUUCGUCACGCUGAACUCUGACAAACAGCUGUAAUUUUUUAUUGGUAGCAGAUCAUUCUGUUCUGAUUCCAGAUUUGAAUAGCAGAGAAGUAGACCAAGAUGUCAUACCCUCUACUGCCGGUUGUACACGACUUUCAAAAUCCUAACAUUGCUGAGCCGCUCACAUUAAUAAUAAAAUAUUUCUUACUCUGCAUUGUUGGUUAAAUAAGGGCUCAUAAGGAAGCAUUUCAUGGUAAGGUCCUACCUACACCUGUUGUAUGUAUGAUUUGAUUUUGGUUUAAACGACCGUCUUUCCUGUAGUUUUUUGUCUUACAAACGUAGUGGUGCACACACUAAAUGAUCUGGCACAGACGGUAGGUCACACGUUAAAUGAUCUGGCACAGACGGUAGGUCACACGUUAACUGAUCGGCACGAAGGUAGGUCACACGUUAAUGACGGGCACAGCGGUCACACGCUAAAUGAUAUGGCAGAGACGGUAGGUCACACGCUUAAAUGAUCUGGCACCGACGGUAGGUCACACGCUAAAUGAUCUGGCACAGACGGUCGGUCCACACGCUACAUGAUCUGGCACAGGACGGUAGGUCACCCACACUUAAAUGAUCUGGCCACAGACGGUAGGUCAACCGCUUUACAUGAUUCUGGCACAGACGGUUAGGUUCACCACUUAAAUGAUCUGCCCACAGACGGGGGUCACCCGCUAAAUGAUCUGGCACAGACGGUAGGUCACCCCGCUAAAUGGAUCCUGGCCACAGCCGGUAGGUCACACGCUCAAAUGAUUCUGGCGCAGACGGUACGGUCACACGUUAAAAUGGCACACACUAAAUUCUGGCACAGACGGUAGGUCACACGCUAAAUGAUCUGGCACAGACGGUAGGUCACACAUUAAAUGAUCUGCCACAGACGGUAGGUCACACGCUAAAUGAUCUGGCACAGACGGUAGGUCACACGCUAAAUGAUCUGCCACAGACGGUAGGUCACACGCUAAAUGAUCUGGCACAGACGGUAGGUCACACGCUUAAAUGAUCUGGCCACAGACGGUAGGUCACACGCUAAAAUGAUCUGGCACAGACGGUAGGUCACACGCUAAAUGAUCUGCCACAGACGGUAGGUCACACGCUAAAUGAUCUGGCACAGACGGUAGGUCACACGCUAAAUGAUCUGGCACAGACGGUAGGUCACACGCUAAAUGAUCUGGCACAGACGGUAGGUCACACGCUAAAUGAUCUGGCACAGACGGUAGGUCACACGUUAAAUGAUCUGGCCACAGACGGUAGGUCACACGCUAAAUGAUCUGGCACAGACGGUAGGUCACACGUUAAAUGAUCUGACACAGACGGUAGGUCACACGUUAAAUGAUCUGGCACAGACGGUAGGUCACACAUUAAAUGAUCUGCCACAGACGGUAGGUCACACGCUAAAUGAUCUGCCGCAGACGGUAGGUCACACGAUAAAUGAUCUGGCACAGACGGUAGGUCACACACUAAAUGAUCUGGCAGAGACGGUAGGUCACACACUACAAGAUUAUUCACUUGGUCGUGAGGAUUUUCUCAAUACCACGCUGUCUCACGAAAACAAUGAUGUGCUUAGAUUGUUAUCGUAGCUAGAACAAGCUGUGGCUCAAAGCAGUCUCAUAAACAUUUUCCGUCAGUAAUUCACACUUGCCAUACAGUUGAAAUAUCUAGCCAACAUUUUGAAUUUAAUAACAUUGCUUGUGAACUUCAGAGCUGUAACGAUUUGACACAUUGGCUUUGGUUAAAGGCAAAUACAAACGCAUACUAUUAGUAGACAUCUCUCCUGCUCGAGUCUACACAUCCUGGUGAUGGGAAACAACGUCGUCAUCUCACUGGCUUCUUCUCUGGCCAGCUCUCAUUGGCUAUUGCUGAUCACCGUUCUCAAAACUUGUUGUUGCACAUCUCACACUACAAGAGCAUUGAAGAUUUAGUGCCGAUAAAAUCAAACGUUUGAAAAUAUCAGGUUGUCUGGAACUGCUCAAAGACCGGAUCAGUAGCCCUCAGAUUGCGUCUCUGACCCGCUCACAUUAAACGAGCGUCGGUGACAGCCGCACACCCGAGUAGGCAACAACAUGGGGAUUUAGUCUCCGAUCUCAAAAACUUUUCUGGGACAAAAUUGUGUAGUGCACACCCGGCUUAAGUUUUUGUGUAAGUUGUAAAAAUGUCAGUUGUUUGGAAAAAUUGUUAAUGCGGUUACUAAAAUAGUUGUAUAAUUAGAUUGGUAUCAGAUACAGUGGGGGAAAAAAGUAUUUAGUCAGCCACCAAUUGUGCAAGUUCUCCCACUUAAAAAGACGAGAGAGGCCUGUAAUUUUCAUCAUAGGUAGACGUCAACUAUGACAGACAAAAUGAGAAGAAAAAAAAACUGAAAAUCACAUUGUAGGAUUUUUUAUGAAUUUAUUUGCAAAUUAUGGUGGAAAAUAAGUAUUUGGUCAAUAACAAAAGUUUCUCAAUACUUUGUUAUAUACCCUUUGUUGGCAAUGACACAGGUCAAACGUUUUCUGUAAGUCUUCACAAGGUUUUCACACACUGUUGCUGGUAUUUUGGCCCAUUCCUCCAUGCAGAUCUCCUCUAGAGCAGUGAUGUUUUGGGGCUGUCGCUGGGCAACACGGACUUUCAACUCCCUCCAAAGAUUUUCUAUGGGGUUGAGAUCUGGAGACUGGCUAGGCCACUCCAGGACCUUGAAAUGCUUCUUACGAAGCCACUCCUUCGUUGCCCGGGCGGUGUGUUUGGGAUUAUUGUCAUGCUGAAAGACCCAGCCACGUUUCAUCUUCAAUGCCCUUGCUGAUGGAAGGAGGUUUUCACUCAAAAUCUCACGAUACAUGGCCCCAUUCAUUCUUUCCUUUACACGGAUCAGUCGUCCUGGUCCCUUUGCAGAAAAACAGCCCCAAAGCAUGAUUGUUUCCACCCCCAUGCUUCACAGUAGGUAUGGUGUUCUUUGGAUGCAACUCAGCAUUCUUUGUCCUCCAAACACGAUGAGUUGAGUUUUUACCAAAAAGUUAUAUUUUGGUUUCAUCUGACCAUAUGACAUUCUCCCAAUCCUCUUCUGGAUCAUCCAAAUGCACUCUAGCAAACUUCAGACGGGCCUGGACAUGUACUGGCUUAAGCAGGGGGACACGUCUGGCACUGCAGGAUUUGAGUCCCUGGCGGCGUAGUGUGUUACUGAUGGUAGGCUUUGUUACUUUGGUCCCAGAUCUCUGCAGGUCAUCCACUAGGUCCCCCCGUGUGGUUCUGGGAUUUUUGCUCACCGUUCUUGUGAUCAUUUUGACCCCACGGGGUGAGAUCUUGCGUGGAGCCCCAGAUCGAGGGAGAUUAUCAGUGGUCUUGUAUGUCUUCCAUUUCCUAAUAAUUGCUCCCACAGUUGAUUUCUUCAAACCAAGCUGCUUACCUAUUGCAGAUUCAGUCUUCCCAGCCUGGUGCAGGUCUACAAUUUUGUUUCUGGUGUCCUUUGACAGCUCUUUGGUCUUGGCCAUAGUGGAGUUUGGAGUGUGACUGUUUGAGGUUGUGGACAGGUGUCUUUUAUACUGAUAUCAAGUUCAAACAGGUGCCAUUAAUACAGGUAAUGAGUGGAGGACAGAGGAGCCUCUUAAAGAAGAAGUUACAGGUCUGUGAGAGCCAGAAAUCUUGCUUGUUUGUAGGUGACCAAAUACUUAUUUUCCACCAUAAUUUGCAAAUAAAUUCAUAAAAAAUCCUACAAUGUGAUUUUCUGGAUUUUCUUUUCUCAAUUUGUCUGUCAUAGUUGACAUGUACCUAUGAUGAAAAUUACAGGCCUCUCAUCUUUUUAAGUGGGAGAACUUGCACAAUUGGUGGCUGACUAAAUACUUUUUUUCCCCACUGUAUUUUUGUUACGAUUUCAGAUUUGAAUAGCAGAGAAGCAGAGGGAGAUGUCAUACCUUCUAACUUUUUGGGAAAGUGGUCAAAGUUACAUUGUUUACAGUGAAUAGAAUAAAAUGUUGGGAGUGAUGAUGUCACAAUGGGCCCUUUAGAAUGCUGAGGAAAUCCUAUGAAAGUGGAUGGAGGACAGAAAGAAGGACAAAAAGCUUAAUAGUUUAAAAAGUAUAAAAUAUAUCAAACAGUUGUAUACAAGCAACUCAAUCCAAAGUUUGAAUGACGUUUCUAGCUUAAACGUUGCAAGAGGAGUACCGUGCUAAAGAAAGAUACUAAUAAUAGAAGCAUGACGAAGAUUUAAAGUGGGACGUUUGCUUCGCAAGUCCCAUUAAUUACCACUUCCAACACUCAAAUUCCACUCAUUAUCACAUGUUCUCAAGACUGGAGUGUAAAUAGCUGAAAUGACUUCCCACCUGUCUCUCCCCCCCAGGCCCUCCCAUCAUCUCCAGCGAACCGGUCCAAUACGCAGUGAGAGGGGAGAAAGGGGAGGUCAAGUGCUACAUCGCCAGCACCCCUCCACCUGACAAGAUUGUAAGUGAAGUGAUCUCCUGUGAAAUAUCUGUAACACUUUAUAAUAACUUUAAUGUAUAUGCCUUUAUAAUUGCUUAUGAAUUGGAAGGCUGUGUAAGUACAGUCAGAUCAAAGACAAGAGAGAGUGAAUGAAUGAGAACUGUUGACGGAUAGUGUGAGAGGGGGAUGUCAUGGGGUUGACAGAUCGAGUGUGAGAGGGGAGGGGAGAGAGUAGAGUAAAAUUCUGUACCUUUCAGCAUCAAUUAUCCACUACAACAGCAGAGAGACAUGACACAAAUCUGUGGUUUAAAAAAAAAGUAUCCACCCCGCCUGUAGUGGCUGCAUCCCAAAUGGCACCCUUUUCUCUUUAUAGUGCACUACUUUUGACCAGAGCUCUGUAGUGUAGUGCACUAAUAGGGUGCUAUUGGGAUGCAGCCAGUGAGCGCUCGGAGCGUAUAAUGUGAUACGACAUUAUAGUUUUAGCUUAACGCAGAGACAGAGGACCUAUGAAAUAUGAAGUAUGGCGUUGUGUGAGUGUCAGAAAGUAGACUGGGGCUGGGGGCUGGGGGGGAGGGGGGGGGGGGGGGGGUGGAAGAAGGGGGGAUGGGGGGAGGGGGAGGAAGGGGGGAGGAAGGGAAAAGGGGGGGAGGGGGGAAGGGGGGGAGGGGAAAAGGAGGGAGGAAGGGAGGGAGGGGGGGGGAAAAUGGGGGAGGGGAGGGAGGGGGGGGGAGGGUGGGGGGGGAGGGAAGGGGGGGGGAAAGGGAGGGAAAAGGGGAGGGGGAGGGAGGGGGGGAGGGGAGGAAGGGGGAGGGGGGGAAGGAAGGGGAGGGGGGGGGGGAAGGGGAGGGGAGGGAGGGGAGGGGGGGGAAAAAGGGGGGGAGGAAAAGGGGAGGGGGGGGGGGAAGGGAGGGGGGGGGGGGAAAGGGAGGGGGGGGAGGAAGGGGGGGAAAAGGGGAGGGGAGGGGAGGGGAAGGGGGAGGGAGGGGAGGGGGGAGGGGGGGAAGGAAGGGAGGGGGGGGAAGGGGAGGGGAGGGGAGGAGGGGGGGGAGGGGAUGGAAGGGAGGGGGGGAAAGGGGAGGGGGGGGAGGAUGGGGGGAGGGGGAGGGGGGGGGGGGGGGGGAGGGAGGGGGGAGGAAGGGGAGGGGAGGGUGGAAGGGGAGGGGGGGAAGGGGGAGGGGAGGGAGGAAGGGAGGGGAGGGGAGGGGGGGGGAGGGGAAGGGAGGGGAGGAAGGGAAGGGGGGGGAAAGGAGGGAAGGGGGGGGAGGAAGGGGGAGGGGGGGGAGGAGGAAGGGGGAGGGGGGGGAGGAAGGAGGGGAGGGAGGAAAGGGGGGGGAAGGGAAAAGGGGGGAGGGGAGGGGGGGGGAAGGGAGGGGGGGGGAUGGAAGGGGGGGGGUGGGAAAAAGGGGAGGGGAGGGAGGAAGGGGAGGGGAGGGAGGAAGGAGGGGAGGAAGGGGGGGGGGGGAUGGAAGGGAGGGAGGGGGGAAGGGAAAGGGAGGGGAGGAAGGGAGGAAGGGGAGGGGGGAGGGGAGGGGAGGGGGAGGAUGGAAGGGGGGGAGAGGAGGAAGGGGGAGGGGAGGAAGGGGAGGGGAGGGGAGGGGAGGGAGGGGAGGGAGGGGGGAAGGGGAGGGGGAGUUAAAUUUUUAGAUCUUUUUCCCCCUUUUCCCCAGCUCCGAUUGCCUUUUUUAUUUUUUUUUUAAAAAGGGGAAUUAGCCAACAUGUGGGCAUUUGCAUUUUUAGAUUUCUUUACCCCAUUUUUAAUGAAAUACUUAGCAGAUUAAAGUAGAAAAACCGAGACUCUUUUUUGUCUUGUACACGCCCACCCCGGUGUGUGUGUGGUUGGUGAUGUGGUGUGUGUUUGUGAUGUGUGUGGUGGUGUGUUGGUGUGGGGUGGGGGGGGUUUGGGUGGGGGUUGGGUGUGUGUGGUGUAUGUGUGAAGGGUUGUGUGUGUGUGUGUGGUGUGUGUGAGUUGUGUGGUGUGGUGUGUUGUGUGGGGUGGUGUGUGAGGGGUUUGGGGUGUGGUGGGGGUUUUGGGGUUGUGGUGGGGGGGUGUUGUGUGUGUGGUAGUGUGUUUUGUGGGGGGGGGGUGUGUGUGAGUGUGUGGGGUGUUGGUGUGGGUGAGUGGUGUGUUGUGUGGGUGUAUUUUGUGUUUUUUGUGAAUUGGUGGGGGUGUGGGUGUGUGUUGGGUGUGUUGGGGUUGUGUGCGGUGUUUUGGGUUGGGAGUGGGUGGGGGUAGGGGUGUGGGUGGUGUGUGUGUGGGUGUGUGUGGUGGUGUGGGUGUGUGUGUGGGGGUGUGUCUGUGUUGUGGGGUUUUGGGGUGUGUGUGGGGUGUGUGGGGGUGUGUGUGUGUGUGUGUGGUGUGCGUUGUGUUUUGGUGGGGGGUUUGGCGUGGUGUGGGUGUGUGUGGUGUUGGUGUGGUCUGUGUGUGGGGUGGUCUGUGUCUGUGUGCGUGGUGGUGGUCUGGUGUGUGUAUACCCCUUGUAUACAGUAAAAAGAUCUUUUUUUUUUGUGUUUUGACACUUUUUCAGACAGAAAGGAAUGAAAAGGAGAAACGUGGGAAAGAGGGGGAAUAGAACCUGUGCGAUGUAAAAGUAUAUGAAAAUGAAAAACCACGAUUGUUUUUUCUAAUUAAUUGAUCCCAAUUUGUAUGAAAUUAUAUGUAGAGGUGUGUGGUGUGUGUUGGGGGGGGGGUUGGUGUGGGUUGGGGGGUUUUGGGGUGUGUGUGUGUGUCUGGGGUGGUGUGUGGGGUUGUAUGUGUGGUGUGGGUAUGGGGAGGUGGGGUGUGUGGGGGGGGGUAGGGGUGGGGUGGUGUGUGGGGUUUGUGUGUGUGGGUGUGGUGUGUGUGUGGUGUGGUGUGUGUGUGUGGGGUUGGGGGUGGGGGUGUGUGUGUGGUUGGGUCGGUGGGUGUGUGUUGUGUGGUUUUGGUGUUUUGGGCUGUGUGAUGGGGUUUUGGGGGUGGGUUGUGGUGUGUUGUGUUUGUUGGUUGGUGAGUGUGUUGUGUGGAGGGGGGUGUGUUGGGUGGGGGUGUGGUGGGGGGGUUGGGAGGGGUUUUGGGGUGUGUGGGUGGGUGUCUGGGGGUGUGUGUGUGCGGUGUGUGUGUGGUGUGUGGGUGGGGCGUGUGGUGCUGUGUGGUGUUUUUCUGUGUGUGGUGGGGGGUGGGGUAUGGGUGUGUGGGGUGUGUGUGUCUGUUUUUUCGUGGGUGUGUGGGGGGGUUUUUCUGUGGGGGGUAACCCUCUGAUACAGUAAAAAGAUUUUUGUGUUGGUUUUGCACUUUUUCAGACAGUAAGGAAAUGAGAAGGGGAGAAACAGUGGGAAAGAGACGCGGGAAUAGAACCUGCUUGCGAUAGUAAAGUCAUAUGACAAAUGCUCACUCAACCACGACUCUGCACUUUUUUCUAAUCUCCAUUCGACUCCCUAAUUGUAUGCUAAUGUAUAUGUCCAUGCGUGUGUUUGUGUGUGUGUGUGUGUGUGUCUCCCUCCAGGUGUGGGCGUGGAAGGAGAACGUGUGGGAGAAGGAGAAGGGGACUCUGCUGGAGAGGUACACGGUGGAGCAGAGUAAGCCUCACUCCCAGGGAGGGGCUGUCCUCUCCACCCUCACCAUCAACAACGUCAUGGAGGCUGACUUCCACUCGCCAUACAACUGCACCGCCUGGAACGCCUUCGGACCCGGGACCAUGAUCAUCACCCUGGAGGAGAAAGGUGUGCCUUAAAAAGGGGCAAUAUUGGUUUUCGUAAAAUGAAUGAAUGAUAUAGCCAUUUAUUCUUCAAGAGGGCACAUACUUCUCUGAGAAGCUUUUGAUUACUGGCCAUUAUGUUGUUUGAAGAUUUCAGUAUUGAAUAGUAUGGGAAAGUUAGUAGUAAGUAAUGUCUGCCUGGACAGAGAUAGUACCGAUAGUAUGGGAAAGGUUUGGUUUAUAACCAUGUCUCUCUGUCUCUCUGUCUUCUGUCUGUACAGAGAUAGUACCAGUGGGGAUUAUAGCUGGUGGAACAGUUGGAUCCUCCAUCCUGCUCCUGAUCUUUCUCCUGGCUUUAGCCUUCUUCCUCUACCGCCAACGGAAGGGCAGUGAGUACUGUACCAACCAGUUACUACUCCCUCCCUCUGCAUGGAACAUGUUUGUGGUUGUGGCCCAAAUAGCACCCUAUUCCCCCAUAGGGCUCUGGUCAAAAGUAAUGCGCUAUACGUGUAUAGGGGAUAGGGUGCCAUUUGGGACGUGUGUGUGUGUGUGGCUGACAUUCAUGUAGUCAUUCACAAUGUACUGUGUAACCGCAGCUUGUUUAAAACUGAGGAAGAAUGACUUGUUUUCUCUCUCUUUUGUUGUACUGUAGAUCCAAAUAAUAUGUUAUUCAGAUGUCUGUCCCACUUUAAAUGAACAACAGCUUAUAAAGGCUUCAUAUAGCAUACGUAAAGUCUUCAUAAGCACUCUAUAAGUUCUUCAUGAGUCAUCUGUCUUGUUCUGGUUCCAGGUCGUCGUGGGGUCACUCUGGGGAAGCCAGACAUCAAGGUGGAGACGGUAAACAAGGAGACACACAGUCUGGAGGAGGAGUCAGGGAGCGUUUCCACGGCAACGCGCAUGGUCAAGGCCAUGUAUUCCGUGAGUACCCAACACCCACCUCUAUGAGUCAGAUCAAACAUUAUUUAAAGUGCAAUUGCUUUGACAAAGGUGCUCGUCUCCGAAAUGCGUGAGCUAUACACUUUUGAAGGGAACCGUCCUGAAACUUCCUCUAGUGUCGCAGUUCAUUUUUAAAGGGCAUUUAAAAUAUAGCAACAGACUUCAUAGUAAAACAAAAUGAGGGGGGCAUCUGUUCUCUGUUGCCUUGGACUUCACAGACUGAGGUUGUGUCCCAAGUAGGCCCCUUUCCUCACAUAGUUCUCUACUUUUGACCAGAAGUAGUACACUAUAAAGGGAAUUGAGUGCUAUUUAAGACACCCUUAGACUUCUCUCAUACUGAGAAAACCCUGUAAUAGGCUACACUGAGAAAGCUCUGUAUAAGAUGUGAUUAAUGCCGUUGGUCACAUGGGUUGUAAUUUAAAAUACAGCUAUUAUAACUGUGUUAUUACAACAUAUUUAAGACAGAAAUUAUUCUAGAAGCUAUGAGGUGCUGAAGCCUUUCAUUGUUGUUUGAGAGCAAACCACUGAUUGCAUUCACCUUCAUGUGCUUACAUGGUCCUUUUACAUCUUCAACUGUACUCACCAAACAUUUGUCAAACAACAUUUUCAUCAAAUGAAAAACCUGAUAUUCUGUUUUCCCCUCCUUCUCUCUCUCCCUCUAUCUCCCUCUCUCUCUCUGUGUGUGUGUGUGUGUUUUGUUGUUUGAUGGUUUAGUUUCUGCCCUCUGUCUCCCUCUCUCCCUCCACUCAGCCAUUCAAAGACGAUAUGGAUCUGAAGCAGGACUUGCGCAGUGAGCUCGAUACCCGCGAGGAGUACGAACUCAAGGUGAGCAACUCUCUCUCUGCUACUCACUUCAUACAACCUACAUCAAACCAACAAACUCCUCAUACGUACAUGCAACACAAUACACAACAACAUAUCACACCAAAUAUCACACUAACUACCUCACACUAACUACCUCCGACCAACUACCUCUCACUAACUACCUCAGACUAACUACCUCAUACUAACUACUUCACACUAACUACCACAUACUAGCUGCCACAUACUAACUACCUCACACGAACCACCUCACACGAACUACCUCACACUAACUACCUAAUACUAACUACCUUACAUUAACCACCUCACACUAACUAUCUUGCACUAACUACCUCACACUAACUACCUCACACCUCAAAUAUGCUAACACAUCAAAUUGGAACACUCUUGCAUGUAAUAAGCAGUAAAAAUCUCACUAUCGCCUCAUCUGUAUCCUACAACAAUACAACACAUAACAUAUCACAGAACAUGACUACCUCACACCUCAAAUAUGCCCACACAGGGUUGGGGUGAAUUGGAAUUGGAGGCAGUCAAUUCAGGAAGUAAACUGAAAUUCUGAUUAAAUAAUUGAAAAAAUGUAAUCUAUUUUCAAUGACUACAUUUUUUCAUUUUAAAUUUCAAUCACUUUCUGAAUGCACUGCCUUUAAUUCGAAUUUACCCCAACCAUGGCCACACCUCAAAUUUAAACCCAUGUAAAAAUCACUCACUAUUCCCUCAUCAUGUUUGUCCUUAGGACCCAACAAACGGCUACUAUAACGUCCGUGCGACCACCCACGACGAGGCCAGGCCGUCCUCCCACUCCAUGCUAUACCAGGGAGAGUUCCGGACCUCCAACCCUCCAGGGGGAGCUACAGGUGCUACCUCCAGUGGCCCAGCAGGGGGUCCUGGCGGUGCGGUGGCUGCAGGAGGGGUCCCGGGAGUCCCAGGGUCAAGGGCAGGGUGCUAUGACCCCCGAGCUCCAUCCAGGAUGUCUCACACAAACUACCCCCAGUUCAACACCUUCACCAGGGCGGGCCAGAGCCAAGUCCUGCCCAACACCAACCACCCUUCCCACCCCUCCCACCACUCCCACCCUGCUUCACAGACCAGCGACUUCCCCGGAGACUGCGGCCUAUUGGACAACAACACUCAGCUGACCUAUGACAACUAUGGCUACCCCGCCCAGUACCCUACCUAUCGGAUGGGCUUUGCCCCGCCCCUGGAAGGAGGGCCGGCCUAUGAGGUGUACCCAACUGGACAAGGGGUGGGACCAGGGCCAGUGCAAGGACCAAUCCAAGGCCAAGGCCCAUGUCCGGGUCCGGGUCCGGGUUCUGAAACUGUGCUGGGGAAGUAUGGGGCCACCUGCUUCUCUUACACCUCUCCUCCUGGUACUGACUACUCUCCUCCUGGUACCGACUACUCUCCUCCUGGUACCGACUACUCUCCUCCUGGUACCGACUACUCUCCUCCUGCUACUGACUACUCUCCUCCUGGUACUGACUACAAUCAGAGACACACUCAGAGGAUGCAGACACACGUGUGA